AUGGAAAUUACAACAAGCCUGGGCCGUGUUGAGAAGUGUGUGCAGGCCGGAGAUCCUCAGUCCGGUGCCUGUUUAAAGAUGCUGAAUGACAUUAAAAUAGAAGAUCGACUGUGGACUGAUGCCAGCUCUCUGGAUGUUAUGAUCGGUGAGUUCAUCCUCUUCUCUGCCGUGUGUGAGGGCUGCGCGCGGAUCAUCUCAGACCGCUUCCUGAUGCGUGUCAACGACACGUCCUGGCACGAGCGGUGCUUGCAGUGCGCCGCGUGCCAGCAGCCGCUCACCGCCACCUGCUACUUCAGAGACACCAAACUCUACUGCAAGAGCGACUACCAACAGUUGUUUGCCACUAAGUGCAGCAGCUGUCUGGAGAAGAUAGCACCCACAGAGUUUGUAAUGCGAGCUCUGGAGAGUGUUUACCACCUUAGCUGCUUCUGCUGCUGUGUCUGCGAGCGCCAGCUGUGCAAAGGAGACCAGUUUGUUCUGAAAGAAGGUCAGCUGCUGUGCAAGAAUGACUAUGAGAAGGAGAAGGACCUGCUUGGCACAGUCAGCCCAGACAACUCUAACUCAGAUAAGAGUGAGGAUGAUGAGGACCUUGAUGUGAAGUCAGAGAAGUGUCCUGCAGCAAGGAAAGGCAGCGAUGACAGCAAAGACCUUCGCCGGCCCAAGCGGCCACGCACUAUUCUCACCACCCAGCAGAGGAGAGCAUUCAAGGCCUCCUUUGAGGUCUCCUCCAAGCCCUGCAGAAAGGUGAGAGAGACCCUGGCUGCAGAGACGGGACUCAGUGUUCGUGUGGUCCAGGUCUGGUUCCAGAACCAGAGAGCAAAGAUGAAGAAAUUAGCCCGCCGGCAGCAGCAACAGCAGGAGCAGCACAACAGCCAAAGGCUAGGCCAAGAGGUGAUAUCAGGAUGUAUGGAGGGCCUGCUCAGCUCCUACUCAGGGCCUCUACCUCCAAACCAGCAGCGGCACCUGGGGACCAUGGACCACAAAGGGUACAACAUCGAUCCCUUCCAGCAGGGCCUCACACCACCACAGAUGCCUGGUGACCAAAUGAACCCCUUUGGCACUGACUCCUUUGUCCACGACAUUGACAGUGAUGCCUCUCUGACAAGUCUAAGUGACUGCUUCAUGGGCAAUACAGAUGUGGGCUCCUUGCAGGCGCGGGUGGGGAACCCCAUCGACCGCCUGUAUUCAAUGCAGAGCUCCUACUUUGCCUCCUGA